AUGAAUAUCCAAAAACAAGGGGACAGACUCAAGCCGAAUACUACUAUUGAACGGUUCUUGCGCAAAAACGCGCUAAUGGUUUUCGAUACCCUGCCCGUCGAGAUUCGAGAAGUCUCGUUUGAUGGGGUUAUCGAGGCGAUGAAAAGACGCAUGGUUAUUCACGGAAAUAGUGAGAAAAUUGAGGCAGUAUCUGACCUAAGGAAAUUAACUCUAAGGGAAGAUCAGUCAGUAGCCGAAUUCUGUUGGGUAUUGAAGCGCACUGCAGGCAAAGCAUGCCCAGACGUGCCACCGGAAGUGACUGCGCUGCAGAAAGCGGAGAUCCUGAGCAGACAAUUAUCCAACUGGAGUGGCAGCUACUGUUUAACAGAAGCACUCAAGACAAAUGCAGAAGUCGACAAAAUGCUGAAGGAAACGGCACUGCGGUUAGAGGGAAAUGCCAGAAUUGCGGAUGAAUGUAGGAAGACAGGCAGAAGCAAGCCUAUGCAGCAGUUGAAACCGAGAUAG